CCGAUUAGCCUGACCACCCUGUCAACCGUUCAGUUGUCGAAAAGGAAACUUCUGAAGGGCAGUUGACAAUUGUCACAUUCAAACAAUCAAAAGAAAUAGACCAAUAGGGAUAGACCAAUAGCAGAUAGGGAAGUAAACAAACACAAAACAAUAGAAGGAUCGAUAGGAAGUACAAACGUGGAAGUUUAAAUAGAGAAAUUACGAUAAUUGAACAUUGAAACUUAUUUAAAUUAACAAAUUAAACUUAUUGUAAGUACACACAACAUUGAAUUACACCAAACAUGGAAAAUAACAUAUAUUUACAUCGAAACAGAUAAAGUUAGAAAACGUUGCACAACAGUCCGACACAGAUAGCGAAAUACACAAAAAAGGACUAUAAAUCUUAAAGCAUUCUCCAACUUAACAACGAGUUUGCUCAAAAGAGUCCCGAAACGCUUGUGGUCACGACUGGGUCGCAACAAUCUUUAAGAUUUAUAUGCGAAUUUAACCUCAAACUCGACGAGCGAUUUAUUGUUCCAAAGACAGUCGAAGUACAUAAUUGCAAUGUCUUUGAGGAAUAAGAGGAAGAGUUUGAUGCGGCAGGUAACCGAAGACGAAGUGGAUGCACGGGAUUGCAUCAUGUGCACGCGACCGAACACUGCAGACCAGUGGAUGGUCCAGUGCGAUGUCUGUUCGAAGUGGAUUCACUUUUCGUGUGCUGGCGUGGAUAAAGGUGUUGAGAACGAGUGCUUCGUCUGUGCAAAAUGUACCACUCCACCUCCACCACCUAGAUCAAAGUCCGGAAAAUCGUCCUCUUCGAGUACUCGUGCUAAGCGAGAGCUCGAACUCCAACGGCUAGCCGAGGAGAAGGCUAUGCGAGAGAAGGGGUUGCAGGAUAAGCUGGAUUUGGAAAAGCAGUUCAUCGAGAAGAAGUACGAGAUUCUGCAAGCGGGAAUUGAUGAAGACGAUGAUGACCGAAGUGGACGGAGCAACCGUAGUGUCCGCAGCGCUCGGAGCACAGUUCAAGGAUGGGUGGAUAAGCAGGAAGAGUUGACCAUGGUCGCCGGUAUCGGAAACAACGAAAUUCCCACCGGAACCACGUCAUCCACUGGAACGCUACCCAAACGAACGUCUGCCCCGAACCAGGAUGACGGCCAAGUAGCUAGCUCUUCUGCGGUUGAUUGUUUUACCAAUCAAAUUCCUGCUGCAUCGUUAGCCCCCAAUACGCACAACGGCGUAGUAACGAGUGGUGCUAUGGUUCAGCAAAGCAUACAACUUCCAGUGCUGCCGAGCUAUCCAGCCUUGCAGAUCUCACCAGUUACAUCCCGUCAGCAGGACCUGCUACCGGUAGUGAGUAUGGUCAUCUCACCUGCGUCAGCAUCCGGCACUCAGGAGUUUUACCGCCCAGUGCAUCAUCAACAGCUGAGUGGUGUUCAACAGCGGCAGCAUGAACGAAGUCUGCAGCAGUUAGAGUGGUAUCCAGCUUCCAGCGCUGCUCUAGCCAGUAGUGCAUCAAUACCAAUUACAAUUAGUAGUAAGACACAGCAGAUAGGUAGGUUCCCUCCGAAUGUACCGCUUCCGAUGGUGAACCAACCGCAGUCGAGUACUAUGAAUAAUUUCUUACCACAUGAUUGUAUAGUUGGUAGUAGUAUAGUAGGUACCACAACACAGUGUGUGAAAGAUUUAAAUACUGGCAGGUAUCCGCCAGUCCUCUCACGUGAGGUCCAUAGUUUGAAUUCUGCUUACAUUCCAUCGAUCCAAAUGUAUACCUCGUCUCAGUCCACCGUUGAUAACGUUCGGAAUCCCGUUAGUACGUUCACGGCAUCAGUGAUUUCUCCACGUUCAUUGUCUAAUCAACAAGGGUUGAGCGUUUCCAGCUAUUCGUAUCCAAUAACCUCGCCGGUAGUUGUUGAUAGAUUAGUGCAAGAAUCACCACGGUUGGGUAUUCCGCAAACUUCUUGUGUUCCGAGUGUUGGUCAGUAUCCUCCUGUAUUCGGUUUAGGCGCACGACAAAGUUUCGCUGCUCCCACAAUUCCUGGUCUUGGUCAACAAGCUACUUCGUGCGCGACAGGUAUUCAGCAGUUCGGGGCAGCAUCAAAUGUCGUACCCGAUUCCAUUCAACCCCAGGUGCCGAUGUUUGGGCCAACAGCGCAACAAAUCGCCGCUAGACACGUUGUUCCGAAAGAUUUGCCAGAGUUCACAGGAGACCCAACGGAAUGGCCACUCUUCGCGAGUAGUUACUACAAUUCUACUGCUAUGUGUGGCUAUUCGGAUGGAGAAAAUCUGAUGAGGCUACAACGUUGCCUCAAGGGUAAACCACGGGAAGCUGUUCGAUGUCACCUACUUCAUCCAUCGUCCGUGCCGCAGAUAAUGGCGACGCUGCACACUCUCUAUGGUCGGCCGGAAUUGAUAGUUCGGUGUCUUCUUAAUAAGGUUCACUCUACGCCUGCUCCCAAAGCGGAUAAGUUGGAAAGCUUAGUAAACUUCGGACUCGUCGUGCAGAACCUAUGCAGUCAUCUCCAAUCGAUGGGAAUGGAAGCCCAUUUGUCGAACCCUACUCUACUCGAAGAGCUGGUGGACAAAUUGCCAGCCAACAUAAAAUUAGAUUGGGGUCUGUAUCAACGUCAACUGUUUGUGGUGGACAUGAGAGCAUUCGGGGAUUACAUGUCAACGAUCGUUUCUGCCGCCAGUAAGGUCACACUUUGGACGGAGGCAGGGAGAUCUGAUAAGCAGAAAGGAAAGGAAAAAGGUUUCCUGAACGCACAUUCCACCGAAGAAGCUACGAAGCACGAACAACGUGAGGAGCAAAAGUGGAAUAGCAGUGGAACCCCGAAGGUUAUCGAAAGACCGAAGCCAUGUCUGGUGUGCAAAAAGGAGGGUCAUAAAGUAAAGGAUUGUCGCAGUUUUCUUAGUGCAAACAUUGAGAAUCGAUGGAAAUUGGUUCAGCAAACGAACGUGUGCAGGCGCUGUUUGAUCCCGCAUGGUAAGUGGCCAUGUAAAGCCACAUUAUGCGGAAUGAAUGGUUGUGAACUACGUCACCACAAAUUGCUUCACCCUGGGAGACCAGAAGCAUCAUCAAAUCCAAGGAUUCCACCAUCAACGACUACCACAGGCACAAUUAACCUCCAUCGACUACAGCCACGUCCUACCCUUUUUCGAGUUCUCCCAGUCACCAUUUAUGGAAAAGACUCGUCAGUGACUACGUUAGCGUUCCUCGAUGAUGGAUCAUCCUUUACAUUGGUCGAGCAGGAGCUUGCGAAAGAGCUUGGUGUUACAGGCGAGGCUGAACCGCUUUGUCUACAGUGGACCAGUGGCAUAAAACGAAUCGAAGCGAAGUCACAGUCAAUUCAAUUGCAAAUCGCUGGUGUAAACGACAAUAGACAGCAUGCUUUGAACGACGUACGUACAGUGGAGAAGCUUGAUCUUCCACCGCAGUCCCUGCGAUAUCCAGAGUUAGCAGAAAAGUAUGAGUACUUGAAAGGUCUACCAGUAGCGAGUUAUGACAGAGCAGUUCCUCGAAUCCUUAUCGGAGUGGACAAUGCCAGUUUGCUGGUCACUUUGAAGAAAAGGGAAGGAAAGACGUACGAACCUGUUGCCACUAAAACAAGGCUUGGUUGGACAAUUUUCGGAACAGUGGAAGGCUUCAAGGGCACGCUUGAGCAGCGACAUCUUCACAUCUGUGCUCGGUCGACCGAUCAAGAGUUGCACGAUACCGUAAAAGAAUUCUUCUCCGUUGAGAGUAUAUGCGUUGCCGUUGUACCAGAGGUAGAAGGAGAGGACGAUCGUCGUGCUCGAGAGAUUUUGAGCGAAACCACCAUCCGAACUUCAACUGGAAGAUUUCAGACGGGUCUGCUUUGGAAGCACGACUACGUUGAAUUCCCCGACAGUCGGGAUAUGGCAGAGCAGCGGUUGAAAUGUCUCGAGCGAAGGCUGGCGAAGAAUCCGAAAUUGUAUAGUAACAUUAACCAGCAGGUAGUCGACUAUCAGCAUAAGGGUUAUGCACACAAAUUGUCGAGAGAAGAGUCAGUCAACAGUGACCCUAGACGGGUGUGGUAUUUACCAUUGGGAGUAGUGUUGAAUCCCAAUAAACCGGAGAAGAUACGAGUCAUCUGGGAUGCCGCGGCCAAGGUAGAGGGAGUAUCAUUCAACUCUAUGCUGCUGAAGGGCCCGGAUCUGCUGACUUCGCUCACAGUGGUGCUAUAUCGCUUCCGACAACGUCAAAUUGCCAUUGCAGGAGACAUCAAAGAGAUGUUUCAUCAGAUACAGAUUCGGCGUGAAGAUCGGCAGGCGCAGAGAUUCCUGUGGCGAGAUGAACCAGGAAAGCCAGCUCAAGAGUACGUCAUGGACGUUGCGACCUUUGGAUCGACGUGUUCGCCAUGUUCGGCUCAUUACGUCAAAAACAAGAACGCCGAGGAGUGGAAACAUCAGUUCCCAAAAGCGGCUGCAGCUAUCAUCGAAAACCACUACGUGGAUGACUACCUCGACAGCCUAGACACGGACGAAGAGGCCGUGGAGUUAGCGCUUGAGGUGAAAAAAGUUCACGCUAAAGCCGGUUUUGAAAUCCGGAACUGGUUGUCGAAUUCGGAAUUGGUCACUCGACGGGUCGGGGACUCAAGCCAGCAGAUCACGAAAAAUUUCAUGGCUGACAAAGGAACGAGUACUGAGAAGGUACUCGGAAUGGUGUGGAAGCCGAAGGAAGAUACAUUCACAUUCGCAGUCAAAUUUCGAGAAGAUGUCCAAUUGCUGAUCAAUGGAACGAGCGCACCGACUAAACGCCAAGUUUUACGGGUGGUUAUGAGUAUUUUCGAUCCUCUUGGAAUAGUAGCUGCAUUCGUGAUUCAUGGGAAGUGUCUGAUCCAGGAUAUAUGGCGUACCGGUAUUGGCUGGGAUGAAGCAAUCCCCGGAGAACUACAUGACACUUGGCGACGCUGGGUAGAAGUUCUUCACAGUUUGAGUCGAAUCGGAAUACCAAGGUGUUAUUUCCCGGGUUACAGUUCCAGCAGUUUGCCGAGCCUUGAACUACAUGUCUUCGUAGACGCAAGCGAAGCGGCCUACGCUUGCGUCGCCUAUUUCCGGAUGGUAGACCAUGGCCAGGUUCGAUGCUCGCUCGUUGCAGCUAAAACUAAGGUGGCUCCACUGAAGCCUAUGUCGGUACCACGGCUAGAACUUCAGGCGGCGGUUAUUGGCGCUCGUCUGAUGAAGUCCAUACAGCAAAGUCAUACGCUGCCGAUCUAUCGACGCGUCAUUUGGAGCGAUUCUAGGACGGUCCUUUCAUGGGUAAGAUCUGAUCAACGGAAGUACCGUCAGUUUGUCGCUUUCCGAGUAUCCGAAAUCCUGGAUGAAACAAGCUUGGACGAGUGGAGGUGGGUGCCCACACGUCUUAAUGUAGCAGAUGAGGCUACUAAGUGGGGGAAAGGGCCCAACUUCCAGAAGGACAGUCGGUGGUUUUGUGGCCCGGAGUAUCUUUACGCAGAUGAAUCAGAGUGGCCAAAUCAAGAUCUACCGACAUCUGACACAGUAGAAGAACUGCGUCCAGUCUACGUUGCAAACCAGCACCAUCGGGCGCCGGUUGAAACUACAGUUGAUUACAGGAGAUUUUCCAAACUCGAGCGUUUAUUAAGAGCCAUUGGUUAUGUUCGGCGUUUCAGUGCAAUAACGAAGAAGAAAUACGACGCAGAAAUAACCUGUUCCCCAGUACUUUCUCGACAGGAAAUCUUGGAAGCUGAGUUGACAGUAUGGCGGUGGGUGCAAGCAGAAUCUUAUCCUGAUGAGCUAACAAUCCUGCGGGGAAACGAGCAGUUGCAACCACAUGAGCGCAGAAAAUUGGAAAAAUGUAGUCAACUUCGGAAGCUGUCUCCGUUUAUCGACGCCAAUGGCGUAUUGAGAAUAGAUGGGCGACUCAGCAAUGCAUCGCAUACCACAUAUGAUGCGAAAUUCCCGGUGAUUCUGCCUAAGGACCACCGUUUCACGGAGCUGCUUGUUGAAUGGUAUCAUCGGCGGUAUGCACACGGGAACGGCCAAACAGUACUCAACGAGAUGCGACAGAAGUUCCAUAUAUCCUGCCUACGGACAUUAAUUCGAAGAGUUGCGAAGCAGUGCCGGUGGUGUGCUGUCUACCGAUCCACCCCAAGGGUUCCUAGGAUGGCUCCACUCCCCGAAGUCAGGGUAACCCCUUACGUUCGUGCCUUCACCUUCAUCGGUGUGGACUACUGUGGUCCCUUUCCGAUACGAUCAGGAAGAAGUGAGGUGAAAACCUGGGUGAUGCUGAUUACCUGUUUGACUGUUCGUGCCGUGCACUUGGAAUCAGUCGGUAGCUUGUCAACAGAAGCAUGCAAGCUAGCCAUUCGACGGUUUAUAGCCUGGCGAGGUGCACCGCAGGAGAUCUACAGCGACCAGGGCACAAAUUUCAUUGGUGCAAGCAGGGAGUUACGAGAGGAAAUUGCGAACAUCAACAGAUCAAUGGCAGGAACUUUCACCAAUAGUGAGACGCAAUGGCACUUCAAUCCGCCUGCCGCCCCUCACAUGGGCGGAGUUUGGGAGCGCUUAGUGCGUUCUGUGAAGACAGCUUUACGAACUAUCUCUACCAUCAAGAAGCCGAAUGAUGAGACAUUCCGUACGUUCCUGGCUGAAGCUGCAUCGAUUGUCAACUCAAGACCAUUGACUUACGUGCCUUUGGAGACAGAGGACGGCGAGGCGCUAACGCCUAACCACUUCAUGAUGUUGAGUUCCAGUGGCGUAGUCCAGCCAACAAAGCCCAUAGGUACCGGGAAAGCUCUUAGAACCAACUGGGAUACGAUUCAAAAUCUCUUGGACCAGUUCUGGCUAAAGUGGAUCAAGGAGUAUCUUCCAUCCAUCAACUGCCGUUCCAAGUGGCUUACGGACUCUAAACCUGUUCAACCAGGAGAUUUGGUGUUAUUGGUUAACAAAGAAUCGCGCAAUGGUUGGGUACGAGGCAGGGUUGUGAAGGUCUACAAGGGAAAGGACGGCAGAGUUCGGAGUGUAGAUGUUCAGACGGUAAAUGGCGUGCUACAGAGACCGGUUACUGGACUGGCAGUGCUUGAGGUGCUGAAUGAUGGUACAGCUGGAAGGGAUGUCCAGCAAUACGGGUCGGGGAUUGUUGGGGAAACCGAUUAG